AAUAAUUGAUGUUGAUACCUACAUUAAAAUUGGAAGUAGGACGUGGUUAAAUAAAUAGUUCUUGGUGUUAUACUUAAAUACUUAUUACUUUUUAAUAGUUACUCUUACUACAGUUGUGAAUUGUUGAGUGUGGACCUUGUGAUAGGCGCUAGAAGUUCUAAUAAGUGACAACAGACAAAAUAUUAUUCCAGUACCUUAAGACUGGUGACAGCGACUUUUAAGUGAUCAAUCUGACAUUUCUAAUUUAUCAUUUGUUGGACAUUUUACUUACUUAAUGUGCAGUGUGAUCUUCAAUCUAUUCAAUUGAUAUGAAUCCCAAUCAACCAAAUAAUGAAACUCCUGGUUCCCAAGGAAAGAAAAAACAGAAAAAAGGUAAUCAACAAGAUAAUUCAAAUAUUAAUGUUGGGCAAAGUCAAGGAUCAUCAAAGUCAGGGUUGAAAGACUUUCCACAAAUGUCUCAAAAUAAGCCAGAUACUACACAGGAAUUAACACAAAAACAAAAUAAACCAAAAAAGGCAAAACAACAGCAAACUCAAAAACAAAACCAACCAACAGAGAUUAAAACAGGACAAAAUGACUUUCCGCAAAUGUCUGAAAGUAAGGCAAAUCCGAAACAGAAACAAAAUAAACCAAACGAAGGUAAACCAAAACAGAAUCAACCAGCUAAUACUAAACCAACUCAAAAACAAUCUGAAGGUAAUAAACCACCUGGUGUGUCACAAUCAGCUCCAACUCAAGGAAAUCAACAAAUUGAACAACAAAUAACAAUAUUAAAAAGUAAUUUACUUAUUCCUAAAAGAAAAAAUCCUAAAGCUGGAGGUUCUUUGGGACGUAAAACUGAAAUUGAAGUGAAUCAUCUUCCUCUUAACCUUGAUAAAUUAUUCAAAAAAGUUGUUUACCAUGUAGAUGUACAAUUUGAACCAGAACUACCAAAAAGACUCUUAAGAAAUGCUUUGGAAGAAUUUAAUAAGAAACAUUACCCAAAAGUUCAUUUUGCAUUUGAUGGACGGAGAAAUAUGUAUACUACAAAAGAGAUAAAAGGCAAAACUGAUUUGAUAUCUAUAUUAAAUGAUGAAAAUAAUAGAACAAUUGAAUUUUCAAUCUCCACCUCGAUUGUCAAUAAAAUUCAAAUGAGUAAAAUCGAGGAAUAUUUAAAAACUGGAUCAUCCAACAAUCCCCCAGGGGAAGCUUUUCAAGCAUUGGAUAUAAUAUUGAAGAACCGGCCAUUUUCAUUAAGAUUCACUAAUGUUGGAAGAUCAUUUUUCCCACUACCACGUAUUACACCAGUUGACUUAGGCGAAGGAAUGGAAUUAUGGAAAGGAUUUUUUCAAAGUCCUGUUAUGGGUUGGAAACCUUAUCUUAAUAUAGAUGUGGCACACAAAGGAUUUCCCAAACAUCAACCACUAAUAGAUUACAUAGCUAAUGAAAUGCGUUGUGAUCUCAAUUCGGAAAUGGAUAAUAGGAAUUUCAACGCAUUAUCAGCUUAUGUUAAAGGAUUAAAAAUUGACUUUAUGGUUCCUAAUCAACCCAAUACAAAACGUUCUUACAAAGUUGUUGGUCUUCUUGACACUGCCUUUAAAUUUAGAUUUGACAUAGAUGAUCCUGUUAGAGGAAAACAGUCACUUAAUGUUGUCCAAUACUUCAGAAUUGCACGAAACUAUACUAUAAAGUAUCAAAAUUUACCUUGUUUACAUGUUGGCAAUGUAAAUAAGCAAACAGCUAUUCCAAUUGAACUAUGCGUUGUUCAAAGGGGACAAUUGCGUUUGAAAAAAUUAACUGAAAUGCAAACAGCUACAAUGGUGAGGAAUGCAGCUCGGCCUCCUGCAGAACGACGACAAACUAUUGAAAAUUGCAUCAAAGACAUUAAAUACAAUCAAGAUCCUGUAUUAAAUGAUUUUGGCAUUGAUGUAAAGGAACAGUUUGCUUCAAUACCAGCAAGAGUUUUGGAUCAACCUGAUUUGGCAUAUGGUCAAAAUAAGAACGUUACACCAGGUGCUGGUGUUUGGAGGGUUGAAAAAUUUUCUAAAGCUGUUCGUAUUGACAAAUGGGUUGUAUUGAAUCUAGACCCGCGUACUAACAUGCAAAGCAUUAAGAUAUUUGAAGGUCUUUUGAUAUCGAGUGGUAAGAAUUUGAAUGUUACCGUAAAUUCAAUGGAUCCUGUGAUGAACUGUAUUGUGCAAAGGAAUGGUCGUAUUAGUGAAAUAAACACCUUAAUUGGGAACAAAUUUACAAUGCUAAAAAGUCAAAAAGUAGAAUUAGUUGUGGUUAUUAUUCCAGAUUGUCCUACUGGAAUUUAUGCUGCUAUUAAGCAAAAAUCAGAGUUGGAAAUUGGUAUUCUUACACAAUGCAUUAAAUCCAAAACAAUGCUUAGAAUGAAUCCAUCAACAUCUACUAAUAUUCUACUCAAAAUAAACUCAAAAUUGAAUGGAAUCAAUCACACUCUUGCUAAUAAAAGCAGUCCGCCUAGCAUGGAAGGAGCAAUUAUUUUUGGAGCUGAUGUGACACAUCCAUCUCCUGAACAGACUACUAUUCCAUCAGUUGCUGCUGUAGCAGCCAGUCAUGAUGUUUAUGGAAGCCAAUAUAAUAUGGAAUGGCGCUUGCAAUCUCCCAAAGUUGAAAUUAUUCAAGAUCUAGAAGACAUUGUUCAUAUACAGUUGCUUAAAUACAAAGAAAAAACAAAACUUGUGCCAAAGAAAAUAUUUUAUUUUAGAGAUGGUGUAAGCGAAGGCCAAUUUCUACAGUUGUUGGAAUAUGAACUAGUUGCUAUUCGAAGAGCUUGUCUUCGACUCAAUAUAAACUACAAACCUUCGGUGACAUUUUUGGUCGUACAGAAACGACAUCACACUAGAAUGUUUCCCAAGUUUAGAUGUGAUAUGGACGGCAAGUUUGCCAAUGUUCCAUCUGGUACAAUUAUAGAUACUCAAAUUACCCAUCCAACAGAACUCGAUUUUUAUUUAUGUAGCCAUGCUAGUAUUCAAGGCACAUCAAGACCGACCAAGUAUCAUCUCAUAUGGGAUGACCAUAAUUUCACUGAAGACCAGUUGGAACAACUGACAUUCUACUUAUGUUUUAUGUUUGUACGUUGUACUCGUUCUGUUUCAUAUCCGGCACCUACAUACUAUGCUCAUUUGGCUGCAUUUAGAGCACGAGCUUAUAUUGAAAACAAAAACAUUAACCUCAGUCGUUUAGAUGAUGAGCAAAACAAAAAUAAGCUGAAUGAAUCAUUCACUAUUAAUACUCCUAUGUUUUUUGUUUAAUUUUUUUUUAAACAAUGUUUUAUU